UUACUGUUUAAUUUAAUAAAGGCAUAAUAGUUCAUAGUUACGUCAAACAUGUACUGUUUCGUUUCUGUAUUUUCGUUUUACAUAUGAUACAAAAGGUUUCAACUAUAAUAAUUAACCCGUCAUGGAAGAAAUAAUAUUUAAAUACUCAUAUGUCAGGCCAGAACGAAUGACUGAUAUAGAAAUAGCUAUCCUGAACGAUUUAAGUGAGAAGUCAAAGGAUGAGAUUGACCCGGUUCAGCUUUUAUAUCAUUUGUACAAAACAAAAACAGUUGAUCAAUAUUUGUAUGAAGAUUUUCAUCAAAAAGCGUUUGAAUUUCAUUGGCCAAAUCGAAGGCUGUGUGAAUUUUUAUUACAGAAGCUUCAGAACGUUUGUUCGUUCCGUACACUGAUAAAUGCUCUUCGAGAAUCUGGCCACCAUAACAUUUCUAGGAUGUUAUUAGAAAAGCAAGUGCUACAAACGUCAACGGUUGCCCGUGUCUGCAGAAUAGAUACUUCAAACAGAAAACAAGUCCAACAGUAUUUUAAAAUGUUAAAAAGAAAGGUUUGGAAUGCCGAAUUUAAAGAUCCAUUAAACACUUUGAGAUCGUUAGCGAAGAGAUUACAGAUGUCUAUGCUACGGGAAAAGGAUUGCAUGAAAAAACAACUCAUCGCAGACAGGGUUGUUGCUGUUCUGGGCGCUGAAAUCGAUGCACAUGCAAUUACAUUCAAUACAGAAUUGUCCGAUCACGACCUAUUCAAAGAAUUACGAGAAAUUGUUCCAUUUACAACAAACACAAUGGUCACAGAUGUCAUUUUAUAUGGAAGGCAAGCAAACGCAUGUGCUAUCGGAAAAUACUUUUCACAGGGCGAAAAAUAUCUCCAAAAGGCGAAAAGUUGUUCCGCUUUCAUGACCCCAUGUUUAGAGCUUGCAAACAUGAUAUACUGUGAAGUUUAUGUAAGGCUCUGGCAGUUUGAACAAAACCCAAACCACCAAAUUCGAGAGUCGUUAGUUCAAAUGGCUGAAGUUGGAAUUGAAUGUCUAAGAGACGAAGAAGAAGAGAUACGACUUUUGUGGACCCGUAUGUUUUUGUUAAGGAUGGCUUUUUGCCUACUUGGAAUUGGAAACCGGGCAACAAUAAUCCAAAAUUGCAUUAUUACCAUUGAAUGUAUCAAAAAGGCCAGACAUGUACUUGGAAUAUUAAAUAAAACUCAGGACAACAUGGAUACAAGAAGAGAAAUGUUUUAUCUAAUGGCACGAGCAAGGCUGUUUGAGAUCGAGGAUGAAUUAUCAUUAGCAUUCGAAUACAUUAAAAAAUCAUUUCGCCUGGCCAUGGAAGGAAAGUUCAAAGAACAAUGCUUUAUUUGUCAAUAUAUGAAAUAUAUUGAGCAACGAAUGGAUAUUCCAGAUGCAUCUAACAAUGAACAAGAUCCAGUCGAACUGAACCAGGACAGUUUUGAAGGAUCGCAGGUUUCUAUAGAAAGCAUUAAUGGAAUCGAAAUGAAUCGACCUGAAACUGUAAUACAUCAUUAUCCCAGUAAUCAAGACAACUCGCCUCAGUGCCACUCGCAACUCAUAUCAGUGAGAUUGGUUUCAGUUCCAGAACUAGACGCAAAUAGUUUUAAGACAACUGACGGUACUUUGUGCACUGACAACUCUUUCUGUGAAAUAUUCAAUGAACAGAGAGAAAACACCGCCGGUAAUGAAGAAACACGAUCGCCGUAUGAGGUAAUAAAUCUGGAGUCGACAGCAAAAAUUGAUUUUAACAGUUUUGACGUAAUUUUGUCCGAUGAAAUCCCCAAUACAUAGACAACCAGAUUUAUGAUAAUUUUACUUGUGUUUUACAGGAUCUUUAUUUGAAUCUUACUUCAAAACCGGUGAUAUAUAUUAAAUUCAAGUUAGCAUUACAAAUGGGAUCAAUAGUUACUAACUACAAUAUGAUCUUUUAUAGGCGAAAUCAAAUGUAUUAUAUAUAAUUUAUGUCUCUGUCGAAAUUAAAGAACCUUAGUGAGCAAGCUCGCUCAACCCAAGUCAGAACUUUUUUGUAGAAUAACUAGUGUUCUCGUCUGUAGAUGCUUAACACAAGCGAAAUUUGUUGAUAUGUACUCAUCAAUGGAAUCAACGAAUUAGAUCUAAACACGAGAGGAUAUUUGAUAUACCUAUUCUUACUCAAUGCUGUGUUUUUUUCUUGUAUAGUACUAAUUGCCUUCAUCUCGCUCAUAUCUUAUAUGUAAUAAUAUUUAAUUGAGCCUCUUUUUUCAUUCAUAGAAGAAUAACCAAAAUAAAACAUAAAAUGAAUAAGUAAAACUACAAUUAAAUGACGCCUCUCUUAUACUAGAAUAUCAUAUUUCAUCAAGGUCUAGUUCGAAUCCAGUGUAUUAUUUAACACAUAAAUUUUCUUUAUUUAGCAUCAUCUUGUUCUCAAUUUUUAGUAAUCCAUGACCUUGACCUACGACCUAUUAACUGCACUAUCAAAUAGAAACAUUCAUCUCAAUAUAUGUAACGAUAUGUCUUAGUUGGGUGUUAAUGUCUAGUAUGGUUCUUCACACCCAGAUAAUCCUGUUUUCUGCAGAUGUUUAAAUUUGUUUAAAUAUAUGUGACCACCUAAGAGGUGUUGGUCUCACAUUGAAAUCAAAAUGGGUUUUCUCUAAUUCGUUAUAACAUAUUACUACAAGUUUGGUUCAAGUUCCAAUAAAAAUUCUUGGGUUUUCAUCCGAUCUUAACUAAAUCAGGGUCGUUUUUGAGAAAUUCCAUUCAUAUAACUCCCUCCAAGUUUAAGAAAACGUUUCAGAGAGUUGAAAGUGUAAAAAAUUUAUAGACGAACCAUUGAUAGCAAUAGCUCACAUGGUCUUUCAGGACAAGUAAUUUUAAUGCUAACCUUCUGUGUAGCUGGCAGUAUGUAUUUUAAGAGUUUAAAGUAACUUACAAUUUCAUAGAACUUAGAAGACUUAAAAACCUCUUUAUCAUGAAAUUCAAAUGAUCCAAAUCAUUAGGUACUUGUGCAAAGAAAACUAUAAUCCAAUAAUAAAGUAUGAAAAGAGAACCAGUAACACUAGUUUGUUUUAAGGUCAGCUUACCUUCUCAUUAACACACAUAUCCACAUGAGUCUGGAUAAUAUGAGUCAAUAGUACUUCAUGUGUAAAAUUUACUCAAUUCAUUAAGUAAAAAAUGCAGGAUAGAGUUACAUAAGUCCAUAUGUUUAACCAACAUUAAAAGUUGGAAAAACUGUGAAUUUUUUAUGAACUUACCAUAUUCCUGAAAAUGGUCAAAUUCCUUCUUUAGUUUCAACAAAGUUUCUACUUUUAAAAAAAAUCCUAAACAAUGAUACAUGAAAAUAAACCACAUUCAAUUAACCAUUUUUUAACAAUGCUAUUUUGUAGUUAAUACAAGAUAACAUAGCUUAUUGACCUGUUAGGCAAGUAAUAUUUGCAAUUGAGUGCUAAAAAUGAACAUCCAAUAAUCAGCAACAAUUUUCUGUGAAGCUCAUUUUGGUGAUCUAUUUAAAAUGAUCACAAUAUUUCUUUCAUGUUCAGACAUUAACACAAGUUGAUCUUGGUUCUGUGGCAAUUAAGCAAACAAUAAAAGAACAACACUUCAGGAAAUUAGUUUUAAUUUUUCUAAAUCAUAUUCCAAUUAAGAGUUAUUAAUUUUUUUAACACCAUUUUCAAGCUACACAAAAGAAAUGAGAAAAUAGUGCCACCUAGGAGCAUAAUUGCUCAUCUGGGGUAGCAAUAGGGGCAAUAUUGUCCAUGUUUGGUCACAAAUUUAGUGCAUGGCUUAGGUAAUAGUGUUCAGGAAAUAAAAACAAAUUUCUCACAAAUUUUCAUAGCAACAAACCAUGACUUUUGUAGAAGUUUUUUACUUUCCUUGUUUUGUGUCAACGUUUUGAGUAUAUUUGGAUUGAAAAAACAACUAUGUAUUUGGUGGAAUUAUAUAAAAAGAUUUAAGAAGCUUUAAUAAUAAAUAUUGUUGUUAUUUGCAUGCUGCCAAUAUCUGCCAAGGAAAUAUGGUUUGCAUAAGUUCAGCAAUUUUCAUCAUUUUCAUGAAAUAUGUGCAUAAUAUGAUGUCAUAACUUUGUUAAUUUUGAUUGAUUCAUCUAUAUUUCUUAACUAUAUGUUUUUCCCUAUAUCAUUAGUAUGAGCAAAUUUGAGAUAAAUCUCAAAAGCUUCCUUUUUUCUGGUCAAACAUAGUUUAGAGCAAAAACAUUUCGAAAUAGACAAUCACAGUCAAAGAUUACCUCUUGCAACCAUGAUUUUCAUCCAAUAGGUUCCAAAUGGAGAUCGUUUUUAAGAGAACCUUCCAUCGUUUUUCCUACCAAAUUUGCAUUGAAAUUAGCAAAGUAGUUAAGACAAGACAAAAUUCAUGUUUUUUAAAUCAUAUUUAUGACAAUACAUUAUUUUCAAUAUCUGUACAUGUGUAUAGUGUUUGUUUCUUUUUCUUUUUUAUAUCUAGUGUGAAAAUCAUGUAAAAUUUGAUAGAAUAAUUACACAAAUACUCCUUAAUAUGUAUGCAGCAUAUCAAUAAAAUUUGUCCAAAAAAUACAUUAUAGGAGA